CACUUACAGUAUAGAGGAUAUGGACUUUGAAUCUAUAUUUAUAUUACCUAAACCUUUAUUAAGCCUUUCCACAGAUGGAUUAAUAUUUAAUCAAAUAAUAUCAUUAAAAACAAAUGGGAGAAUUUUCAUGGCUGGACAAGAUGGUUGCUUAUAUGAAUUAUACUAUCAACUACAUAAAAAUUGGCUAGGCAAACGAGCAUGGCUUAUCAAUCAUUCUAGGGGAAAACUGUCGUCCUUUAUUUUACCAAAUAUCAGAAAUAUUUUCACAAACCCUGAUCCAUUGGUACAAAUAACUGUUGAUGAAAAUAGAAAUAAUUUAUAUGUCUUAUCAGAACGUGGCGAUAUUCAACUGUUCUACUUGGGCCUCGAUGGUAACGAAGCAUCCCAUAUAAUAACGAUUAAUCACGAGGAAACUCAUAAUAGAGCUAUCGCUAUAACUAAAUUAGUUGAAAGGGACAAUUUUGGAAAGAUCGUAUCUAUAGCGCCCAUAAGCGUUACUCAAUCCAAAAUCUUACAUUUGAUCGCUUUUACUUCCACAGGCUUUCGGUACUAUUUUAGCACUCGUUCUUACGAUACGGAACCCGACACCUGUCCUUUCAUGCUUAAAUUGAUUCAUUUAAGAUUCCCGCCUAGUUAUUCGAAUCCUACACCUUCCAAUAUGUACCAACCAUCGACAUUAAAUCCAACCGCCACAUCUUCGUUCAUUAAUUAUAACUCAUUUAAUCCAAGUAAAGGAAUCAACAAAAGGCCUAACAAUGUUUUCAGCGCUUUGUUGUCAAAAAGUACAAAUCUCAUGGUUUCAUCACCAAAUGAGAUAUCCGAUUUAUUAUGGAUUUGCAACAAUGACAAUUUCCCUUUUAGGCAACACUUAAUGGAAUCUCAGUCAAACAUCUCGAUUGACGGGAAGAUGUGGUGUCUGCAAAAAGUCAAACUUCCUUACUACGAAUUCAAAGCUUUUUCCCUCAAUCGUCCUUUUAUUCGGCGAUCGCCUAAACCUACUCGUCAACACCAAACAAUUCAAGAUUCCGCUAACGUAAUCAAUCAAGCUUGCCAAAACUUCACGAGCGCGUUUCAAAGGAAGCUCAAAAUACGGUUGUUCAACGAAAAUUCUCCGUUUAAUGACGAAAGUUUUCAAUACUCGUGCAAGACUAACCCUCCCAGGGCAUACCAGGAAAUUUAUAGAGAUCCUAAGCGUUUUGUUUGUAUUACUUCUCAGAAAGUAUUUUCUUUCGAAAUCGCUGACCCAACUGAUUUUCUGAAAGCCCUACUUACAAUAAAUAACGGAACCGUGAAUUGUCAGCAAAUUUUAUCGUACGUUCAAAAUCUAUCCCUCACGAUGCACGGAAAUUAUGAUUAUAGCCUAGCUCUAGUUAAUUGCUUGCAUCUAUUGUGCACAACGGGUCCCGGAGAACAACAAAUUUUAGAAUGGACUCUUCAGUUUUUAAACACUUACAAUAUCCUCCAAAACGCCACACAUCCUAACGCAUCUGCGAAAAAGGAGAACAAAAUUAAAGAUUUUUUUUCUUCUACUCCUCACACUACUCCCAAAUUCGUGGAUAAGAAAAAUAUCAGUGAUGUAUCUUACUUGGGAGGUGUUCCCAAAACUUUUCAAAAUGGUCGUACUUACGUAGGAGAAAAUUAUAGCGAUUAUAGAAAUAAAGACUUAUACCCGAAACCUUUGUCCGAAUACGAAAGUCCUAACAAGAAGUUUAGAUAUGCCGAAAAUCUUAAUAAUAGUAAUACAAAUUUUUUCCCCUCAUCACGUCAUGGUGUCAAUUUUCGAAACGUUGUCGAACCAUUAAUGCAAUAUCCUUUGCCCAUAACUCCCAUUCAAGAAGCUGUAUUUAGGUACUUUUGGAGAAUUGUGAGACCAGUAUGGAAUUCACCCAUUUGUAUAAGCUUGAUAGAUACUAUUGCCUUAAUUGGGCUCACUCAAGAACAAGCCAAGACAUCUAAAUUAUUAGUCCCAUUCACCAACUACGAAAGUUCUAACGAUUUGAAUCCGAAUCUAAAUUCAAAUCCUAACACGAGUUUCAAAAUAAUUUUCCCCUUGUUCACGACCGCCGAUUUUACCGUGCUGGCCGAAAGAUUGGAUGGGUUACUCAAAUUUUGCGAAACCUAUAAAGCACAGUUUCUCACGGAUUUAUUGAACGAAGCCGGCAGUCAAGUUGGGAUAGAUGAAAAAAAUGAUACCAAUUUUGGAAAAUCUUUCUCCAUUCACCAAGAUGCCUCAUUUAAUAAACAAAUGGAUAUAAGCCCCGUUGCGGCAUACCAAUCUUCUCCAUUUAACUCCUCCAAUUUUCAAAAAGAUUCAAAUAAACGCAAAAAUGUGUCAGCAUUUUCCCUCUCUACCAAUACUUACUAUACACCUGAAAAAGAUUCCCGCAGAUACUCUUUGGUCAAACAAACCUUUUGCGAUACAUUGUUAUACCUUAUCAGAAGGGCCAAGGAGUUAGCCAUUUUAUGGAAAUUAUUGAGCGAUUUUUCGCAUGAUAAUAUGCUGACCAAGGUUCUUUCAAACCUUCCAACGGAAGAAAGCGGUGAGUUAUUGGCCUCCACCUUUAGUUCGAUGCUGAUUUCGCACCAAUCCAUUUCACUUUACCCGGUCCCUAUCGAUAAUCUGCCCUUCCAUUCGCGACAAACCGAUUUUUCCAAUCAACAAAUCAUCAGACCUCGUUCCCAACUCCUUAACCGGGUUAUAUCGUCUUUCCUGAAUUACGCUUACAAUUUGAACAAAAAAAACGAGUCUAACAACGAAAAUUUUUACGAAGAUGAAUUUGAUGGCGGUAGUAACAAAGAAUGCGACAUUUUAGUCAAGAGAUUACAACAAAGUUGCCCAUCUUUUUACGGGCCCGACCAAGCGUCGAUAUCUAAGGCUAACGAAUACCUAAUAGCGGCCUCCACAGAAGCCGGUUUGGGCAGAGCAAAUAAGGAGCAAAAGUUAUGGUUCUUGAAAGAAUCGCUUAGACUGUAUUGUAGAGUUGAUCCCAAACAACUAAAUCUGUCUGACGUUUGUAAUCAAUACCUAAAUUUAGAUUUUUAUAAAGGCAUAUUGGAGUUAUGUUUAGCAUACGCUAAUAAUUUCAGGAAACCUUCAACGGAGCAAACCAAAUUAAACUCUAUCGUUUCGAAAGAUUAUCAGUUUUAUUACGAAAUAUAUUCUGGUCUCCCACCAUCGUUGCAUAAUACCACGUCUCCUCUUACUUCUCAAAACUUUCCGCCAGAUUUUGAAGAAAGACUCAAAUCUUACACCAUCAUCCUAAAUUCACUUAAACAAUUACUCACCACCGCUUCUCAACAUUCUCCGAUUAAACAGCAACACCAACAAAGGCUACAAUUCAAUCCAAAUCAAAAUAACUUUGUAACUUUUGUCAAUGACAAUACCAACAACGCCGAUUAUAACACAUCCUUUGGUUACGAAUCGGCCGAAAUGAAUUUGGUAGAUGAUAGCGAAAUAUUCCUUAGAGACACAGAACUGUGGCGGCAGGGAGAUAAGUCAUCAUUAUAUAAUAGGAUGAGAAUCAAACUUUUAGCCCUUCUUAAUAGAUGUUCUAAAUCGGAGGACGAAUUGUUUAGUUACCUCUUUUUUGAUUGGCUCAUUCAAAAUAAGUUAACAGAUUAUUUGAUAAAGUCAAAAUCAAAUUUCCUCGGUGCCUAUUUUGACAAUGUAACUGAUCGGGGAGGUCCUGGCUCUUUCAAAAACCCAACCGAAGUAACGGAAAUGCUAAAAUUAAAAUGGAAGUAUCAGCAGGCUCAGAAACGAUAUCUAAAGGCCGCUUAUGUACUGAAUACGUUAGCUGAACGCGUUGACCAAGAUAUAGACCUCAAUACCAGGAUAGAAUAUUUAUCGAACGCUUUGGUUCUCUCUAGAACCUCAAUCACAACUGACAAUCAGGGAAACAAGAUGCGAUUAUCGGAUGGAGCAGUUCCAAAUCGGGAUUUAUCAAUGACAAACGAAAAAAAGGAGGAAUGGUUACAGGAAUUGCAAGAUAAGAUCGACGUUGCUCAAAUUCAACAAAAGAUUAUGGACUCGAUAUUAGCUAAAUACGGAGAAAAUAAUGAAUUUGCUGUCCGCGCUAUUAAUCAGCUUAAUGAACAAUUGUAUGAUUUAACUCAACUGUACCAAGAUUUCGGAGAAAAGUUUAAACUAUGGGAUUGUCAAUUGAUCAUUAUGCAAGCUGCCAACCAUCGGGAUAAAGAUCUCAUUAAAGAAACUUGGACUCAAAUUCUUGAUGAAUUGUAUGGAAGCUUGCCCAAUUACAACAAUAUAGGAAUGUUAUUGGACAAGGUUUAUACGAUUGGCAAAAGAUUCGAAUGUAUUGCAGCGAACGAUAAUGGACUUAUUUCAUAUCAACAAUCAUUUCCCUUUUUUCCUACAAAGUUUUUGAUCCGCUAUCUCGAAAACAAAAGUUUCGAAUGGCGAACUCCUUCGACCGCUAUAGCGCAAACUUUUAUCAAACUCGGUUAUAACGCGGAAAAAAUUUUGCGUUUGUACAUUGAUCUCUACGAUAAAAAUAUUCAAAAUACGCCUUUCAACUUUCACCUGGCCCAUGUGAUUCUAUUAUUAAUAUCUCAUAUAUUCGUUAGUCGUGAAAAUUUGACUAUUAAUAACAGUCAAAAUAUAUUGAAUCAAUCCUUAAAUUUUACCGCUUCGUUGGUGAUAAAUUUGCAAAGUAAAGAUAUUGGCAGGGAUCAAAAGAUAUACGAAUUACUUUCCAAGGUGCAAGCUCAGUUAAGCAGAGAAUAAUUUGAAUUUUAUAAAAGCGCAUGUGAUUUCGAUUGAAAAAAAGCUAGUCUUUUUAUACAAGUUUGAGAUGUUUUUUAUAAACAACUAAAUUUUACGUUUCUACGCCUGUGAAAUAAA